CUUCUUCUUCUCCUUCAUGUGGGCAACUUUUAUUUUACAUUUACAAAUGCAGUCUUGUAUAUGCUGCCCACUGUCGUUUUGGUCGUUUUUCUGUUUUUUGUUGUUAAGAAAAAGGGAGGUGGAAAGUCAGUGCCAAAUGCAUGGCAAUCCUUGGUCGAGCUUAUUCACGAUUUCGUGCUGAACCUGGUAAACGAACAAAUAGGUGGUCUUUUCGGAAAUGUGAAACAAAAGUUUUUCCCUCGCAUCUCGGUCACUUUUACUUUUUCGUUAUUUCGUAAUCCCCAGGGUAUGAUACCCUUUAGCUUCACAGUGACAAGUCAUUUUCUCAUUACUUUGGCUCUUUCAUUUUCCAUUUUUACGAUCGUUGGAUUUCAAAGACAUGGGCUUCAUUUUUUUAGCUUCUUAUUACCUGCGGGAGUCCCACUGCCGUUAGCACCUUUCUUAGUACUCCUUGAGCUAAUCUCUUAUUGUUUUCGUGCAUUAAGCUUAGGAAUACGUUUAUUUGCUAAUAUGAUGGCCGGUCAUAGUUUAGUAAAGAUUUUAAGUGGGUUUGCUUGGACUAUGCUAUUUUUGAAUAAUAUUUUCUAUUUCAUAGGAGAUCUUGGUCCCUUAUUUAUAGUUCUAGCAUUAACCGGUCUGGGAUUAGGUGUAGCUAUAUCACAAGCUCAUGUUUCUACGAUCUCAAUUUGUAUUUACUUGAAUGAUGCUACAAAUCUCCAUCAAAAUGAGUCAUUUCAUAAUUGAAUAAAAACGAGGAGCCGAA